CUGUCUCUCAGCAUCGCUGCACCGCGCAGGAGUGUCUGCGUCUGCCGGACGCCGCCGGAGCCGCGGAGCUGUUUACGGAGAGCUGGACGACCGAGAGCCAGCGAGCCAGAACGCGGGAGCAGCCGGGAAGCAGGAGCAGCCGGGACGCGGGAGGACACCAUCGCCGCAGGGAGUCCCAGGGAGGAGUUGGCGAGGAUCCACGCUGACGGAGAGGUGGCUCCGAUACGCGGCGACAGUCACCGAGCUGCUGGUUCUGAACACGGUGGCGGAGAUGCAAGGAGAUUCUCCCAGCGCAGAGCAUGGUGGUGGACCGGCGCUAACCUGAGCGACACCCCACCCCCUGACUCAGCACGCGAGCCCCCCACCCCCCAGCGAGGAGAGGAGUGGCAGCUGGGAUCAGAUUGCCGUGCUGCAGCGGGCGCACAGACGGACGGACGGAGCAUCACUCUCGGUGGGAUUUACAGCCCCCCCAGACCCGUGCUGCCCUUCCCCACCACCGUGUCCUUGGAGUACUGGAGCCCCUCAGGCAUCCCCGUGUGCGUCGCUGAGUGUCUGCGUUGCUGUGUCUGACCGUGUGUGUGUGCUCUUGUACGCCACGGUUGACUGUGUGUCUGUGUGUGUGUGCGUGUGUGUGUGUGGGUGUGUGUGUGUGUGUGUGCGUGUGCCCGUGUGACUGCACUCCUUGUGUGUGCGUGAUUCCCCGCAAUGCCUGCCACCUCUCUUCGUUCUCCCGGCCCCCCUUGCUCACCGCCAAGGGCCUAACCCCCCCACCACUGGAGGCAGGAUGACUGACGGCUCUGGAGCGACCAUGUCGGGGGCCUUGGUUCUGGAGGAGCGGGAUGGCAGCGGGUCAGGGGCCGGGGCGGGGCUGGAGCAGGCCUCGCCCCCUGAGGCGGGCCGGCCACGCUGUGGGGGCUGCGCCCUGUGGACCCGACAGCAGACGUGGCUGUGCGUAGUACCACUACUCAUUGGCCUGGUGGGCCUGGCGCUCAGCCUCAUGCUCCUGCAGUGGAUCGUGGUAGGCUCCGUGCCCGACUACGUUCCCACUGACCUGGUGGACGCCAAAGGCAUCGGCCAGGACCCCAUCUUCCUGUCCAAGCCCAGCGCCUUCCCGAAAGGACCGGCCACUACCACAGGAGGCGCCGCCGCCACCCCUGCCCCAGUCGGUCCGGCCUCUACCGCCAUUGCUGCCACGGCGACAGCCAGACCCCGCCCCGGCGCCCGGCCGGGGCCCGCGGCUGGCAGCCAGGCCCCGCACCUCCACAAUCGUGUGGGGACACGGGUGACGGCGGCCAUACCCCCGCCUGGCACCACCACCACCCGUGCACCCCGUGUGGUCACGCCACGCAGCACUGUCAGGCGACCUGGUGGCCGCAACGGCGUGUUCUCCUCCACCAGCAGGGCGGCGCUACCCUCGUCUGCCCCCUCGCCCUCCAGCCACCCCGUCCUCCACAACUCUGGUCAGACGCAGAACCACGAGCGCCCCAAGGGACCACCUGCCACACCAGCCCGACCACACACCCAUACCAAGACAUUGGUCCCCACGUCACCGCCUCUUCGAUCUGAGCACUUUAAGCCAUGCAGAGACAAGGACUUGGCCUACUGCCUGAAUGAAGGGGAGUGCUUCAUCAUUGAGACACUCACCGGCUCGCACAAGCACUGCAGGUGUAAGGAGGGAUAUCAAGGUGUCCGUUGCGACCAGUUUCUUCCCAAGACCGACUCCAUCCUGUCUGAUCCAACAGACAACCUUGGCAUUGAGUUUAUGGAGAGCAAGGAAAUGUACAAGAGGCAGGUGCUUUCCAUCUCCUGCAUCACGGCGGGAAUCAGCCUCCUGGGAACGUUCUGCAUCGCCCUCUACUGCCGCAACAAGCGGCGCAGUGAGAAGCUUCAGGCCCACCUGAAGGAGUGUCGCAGCCUGAAGUGCUACAGCUCCUCGGGGCUGCUGCCCAAAUCCAGCCUGAGACCUCAGUGCGGCUUGCACCUGCAGAGCUAUGGAAAAGGUAAUGGGUCCUCCACUCCACACGGGGUCGCCAUUCGCAAAGUGGGCAUCCUGCAGAGCUGUGCCGUGCCUGCCGCCCGUCCCAGGGCCUCGCCCCCCGGGAAGCACCACAGCCCCAGCCAGCGAGCACGCCUCACCCGGCCCCACCGGACCCCCCCUACUCCACGGGGACGCCUCAAUCCCAUUGGUGUCUGCAGGGACUCUGGACCCAUAUACCAGCACCUGCAGGAGGCCCAGUCCUCAGAUAGGGAGGCGGAGCCUUUACAAGAGUGUCCCAUCCUCAAGGCGGAUGGAGGUGGUGCACAGGACACCUCAUUAAAUAUGCAAGCCCCUGCCUCUGCUGUGGGUGGGCACACAGAGGGCCCCGCCCCCUCGUCGUCAUUCCGCACUUGCUCCAUUCCCAUAAUCCCCUCCGUCCAGGGACAUUGCGGGGUUUCCUGUGAGCCAAUGGCUAACCUGGAUGCUGGUGGCCGUUGUUCGUUGCCACAAGGCCAGGUGGGGGGUCACCCCCGUCGUCUGAGCACCGUCCAUCCUGCAGUGACGAGUGGAGGACAGCAGGGGUCGCCCUUUGCACUGGAAGCUAAACAGCGCCUCAGGGCCCUACCACAUAAUUACAGGAAGGCGGACGAUUGUGGUGCCAAGAAGAUGGACCGUUUCCCAUCAGCCACUGGAACUGAGACUAGCGCACUGGCCCAGAAUGGACCUACAUUAGUGCAUCCGAGAGAACCAAUUACAGACUCUGUCUGGGUCAGCCAGUGAAGCAGCUGAAGGGCGUGGCCAUCUUCUCUCUUUGGACCAAUCACAAACGAUGUGUUGGAUUUAAAAAUCUGCAAACCUCAUGCAGGAAAGAGACAAGAGAAGAAACACGAACAACAUUACGAAACACUGAAAAAAUGUGAAUAAAAAGAGUGGAAAUAUUAACAAAACAAAGGAUGGUUUAGGGUGGAAAAAAAACAAAUUAAAAAUAUGAAUAAUUUAUAUGUAUUUAUUUAAACAAGGAGCUUCUACUUAGAAAGAAAACCAAAUAGUCUGUCAUCUCCAUGGUGUUUUUAAUUGUUAAAAAAUAAAG